AUGUUGAGCAGCAACAAUUCCUUAAGAUAAACUACAAAAUUCAAUAAUAAUUUGCCGAUUAAUUUUGCAUCGAAUAUCAAUGAUCACAUCAAUAAUAUUUCUGAAAAAUCUUAUACUUUUUCUGGUAAGUUAAAUUAAGACGAUAUACUCUCUUCAUUUUAAUGGUUUUACAAUCAUAAAGAAGAUUUUUUAAUUCUUUAUUAUUGUUAGAAUUAAAUGAACUCUAUAUAUAUUAUCAUUGCAUUGAAUCUUGUGGAGAAUAAUUAUUAAAAUAGUUGA